UACAAGCUUUCUAAGCUCUAUCAUUUUCUAGCUUGACACUCCCUUUGUUAUUUGAUUAGCUUUUGUUUCUUAAUUAAGAUGAGGUCAAUCAUGGCUGCUAAAACCCCUCAAGAGACUUCCUUUUCCUUCUCUAGAAGAUACUUCCAUUGGAAAAAGAAAUUAGUUGAAGAUGAAAAUGAAAUUGGAAAUGAUGAUCAAGAAGAAAUCCUUAAUUUUAGAUCAUCAUCUCUUGGUUGUGUUGUGACUGAGGAAGACUUGAAUCUUGAACAAAAGUUUAACCUCCCGGUGCAUGAAGUUGCACCGCAAAGAAAGAAAAUGGCACUUAUGUCCAUUUCUAGGCUAAGAUCGGCUUUUCAUCUUCGGAAAAGCAGAUCCUCUGGUGCCCAGGGUUCUGGUCUUGGAAAAAGGACCAGAGUUGUGGGCACCCUUUUUGGAUACAGACGUGGACACGUCCACAUUGCAUUCCAAGAAGAUCCAAAACUGGGCCCGGCUUUUCUUGUCGAGCUAGCUACCCCUACUAGCUUCUUGGUUCGAGAAAUGGCGUCAGGGUUGGUUCGGAUUGCCUUGGAAUGCGAUAAAAAGAUUAAGAAAGGUUUUAAGCUGCUUGAUGAGCCACUUUGGAGAACUUAUUGUAAUGGCAAGAAAUGUGGUUAUGCUAUGAGACGUGAUUGUGGACCAGAUGAAUGGAAAGUGUUCAAUUCGGUUGGACCAAUUACCAUGGGAGCCGGAGUGUUGCCGGAGGGAGCCGGUGGUGGUGGUGGCGGUGAUGGUGAAGGAGAGUUGAUGUAUAUGAGAGCCAAGUUUGAAAGGAUUAUGGGGUCAAAAGAUUCUGAAGCUUUUUAUAUGAUGAAUCCAGAUAGCAAUGGAGGGCCAGAACUUAGUAUCUAUCUUAUUAGAGUUUAAGAUAUGGGUGUCAAAUUAAACUAUAAGUAAUGUAAGUGAUCUUGGUCUUUGAUCAUCAAGAUUUGGUUCUUCAUGUGUUUUUUUGCAAUUUUCUAUGGAAAUUGGGUUUUAUCUUCUACUUAAUUAUAUGUUUAGAAAUGAUAUGUAUACUGUUUAAAAUUAAAAGUUUGAGAAAUUAAGAAUCA